AUGAAAAAGGAGCGUAUUAUUAGUUCUAUUAAUAGGCAUCAAAAUAUUGAAGAAUCAGAGGAUAAAUUUGAAUCAGGGAAAGAUAAGAUUAUUAUAGAUAAUAAUCAUGAUUUAGAAGAGGAGAAUGAUUAUUGGAGUGCUACAGAUGAAGAGGUUCUUAAAAUAGAUGUAACAUCAUCAGAUGAAGAAGAAGAAGAAGAUAAUGAAGAAGAAGAAGAAGAUGAUAUUGUAUCAGAGGAUCGGAAUGGUAUAGAAUAUAACAGUGAGGAUGAGGAAGAAGAAGAUCAAGAGAAUUGGGGAAAAUCUAAAAAAAAUUAUUAUGACGCAGAUUUAUUAUCAGAAGAAGAAGAUAUUAUUGAAGAAGAAAAGGAAGCAUUAAGGCUUCAAAAGCUUUAUCUUUCAAAACUAAAAAAAGAAGAUUUUAUAGAAGAUUUGGAAGAUUGGGAAGAAAAAGAAAUAAAUGAGAAAAAAAUAGAUCAAAGUGAAGUGGUUACAGAGGAGCUAUUGUUAAGUAUUCCAGAUGAUUUAUCGAAUGAAGAAGCUAUUAAUUAUUUAAAAAAAAUAUAUCCAGAAUUUUCAUCAUUUAGUAAAGAAUAUUGUUAUCUUUUUCCACAAUUGGAUCCAUUGAGAAGUUCAUAUGAAAAGGCAGUGGGAUCAGAGUUAAAAAUUUUGGAAAUGAAAUUUUUUACAUUAUCGGCAUAUCUUGGUGUAUUAGCUAUGUAUUUUUCAAUAAUAGUAGAUCCAGAUAGAGAUAUAGGUUCUAUGAAAGAUCAUCCUAUUAUGAUUAAUAUUAUGCGUUGCAAGGAGUUAUGGGAAAAAGUAGAAAAUAUUGAUAGUAAUAUGGCAAAGAUAGAAACGAAAACGCAAUCAGAAGAAUCAAAUACAAUUAAGAAUGAGACAAAUAUACAAGUACAUAAUAAAAAGAAGGAAAAAAGACGACCAAAAGAAAUUAAGCAGGAAAUAAAAGAGAAUUCUAGUCCAAGCUUUGAUGAUCUUAAUAUAGUAAAUGUCGAAAAAUCGUUUCAAUCUAUGAAAAAUAUUUUUAACAAUUUAAAAAACAAUGAUGAUUACAAAGAAGAUUAUCUUAAUAUAAAUAAUUCUAAUAAUACUGUUAAGAAAAAAUCACUUAAAUUUUAUACUGCUCAAAUAAAUCAGAAAAUUGCAAAAAGAUCCAAAUUCACAAAUUCUGGUGAUACAGAUAUACCAUAUCAAGAAAAUAAAAAAGAACAUGUACGUUCUAUCAAAGAUGUUAAAGAAAAAAUAAAAGAUGAAGAUAAUAAUUUUUCAAAGUCUGAAUCCGAAUCAGAUCUACAAUCUAAUGAUUCUGAUGAAAAUUAUUAUAAUAUGUUAUCCAACACUACUAAGAAACGAAAAUUAGAAGGGAAAUUAGCUCAUGAUAUGAAAAAAGAACUAGAAAAACAAUCUAUAUAUAAUGCAGAAAAUGAAAUAAUAGACGGAAAACGAAAAAUUAGAUAUGAUAUUGAAAAGAACAAAGGAAUAAUUCCUUAUAGGCCAAAGGAAGUUCGUAAUCCAAGAGUUAAGAAAAGAAAAAAAUAUGAAACUGCUAAAAAGAAACUUGCCAGUAAAAUUCCUAUUUAUAAAGGUCCACCAAAAGAUGUAUAUAAAGGAGAAGCAACUGGUAUCAAAACACAUUUAGUAAAGUCUGUAAAGUUUCAAUAA